AUGGAGUCACCCGAGGGACCCAAGGCUGAGAUCCGGUAUACCGUCAGAAAGCACCUGGAGGAUUUCGAACAUCGUUUGACUGGAGAGUUCACCGAAAAGCUCACGGAGCGUGACAAAGUUUACUCGGUUGAAAGAAGCAAAUAUCUACAAGAGAUUGAUGCUCUGCGAAUAAAAGUGGCAAGGACCGAGGAAAUAGAAGCGGAAAAUAAGAAACUCAAAGCGGAGCUCGAAGAAGUCAGACAGCGGCACCGAGAGCACUCAAACACUGGUAGCCACGGUGGUAAUAGCGGAGCGUAUCGAUCAAGUGCUACCUUUAAGACUGAGAAUCUGUCCGUUGACAUCAAAGAGUACAAUCGAGUCAAAGAGGAUUUGAUCAAGCUUGGAAGUGACUAUGGAAAACUUGUCUGGGCCCGAGAGCACCUGGAGACAAAGGUUCGGGAGCAAAAGGAUUCCCUCAGACAGUGGAAAGAAUAUCGAAAGAGUUGGAUAUUGAAACAUCCCAAUAAGCGGCUCGGUCAUCUACGGCCUAGCUCUACGAGAGCCAGCCCACUAACAACAGCGGAACAACGCAGAUCUUCAAGUGCUCCCGCUCCGCCAGUACUCCCCGAGGCUCUCUCUCCUUCUCUUAGUGGUUUUUCUAGGUCUCUAUCUCCUAAUCACAAUGCACUAGCAGAUCCAAAAGAAACAGAAUACCGGCACGAUCAGGUCUUUGAACAUCAUAGUAGAGACUGGGGAUCACGGUCAGACGAGACUAGCAUAUUGCAAACUGGGCAUAAGGUCGCCACUGCGUCAGAUUCUGGGGAUGUUACCGAGGCUACUCCUGAGUCUGAAGGGCAAGCGGAGCCAAUUAAAAUCGAGCCAGCCACUGGUGGUAGUUCACCCAUCAUAGUGUUCGAACGAUCAUUAAAGCGAAGGCAUUCUGCGAGGGGUAGUUCCCAAAACAUCCACGUGCAUGAGGAUGAUCAACGCCAUCUGGGAGCAGCCCCCCGGACCUUCCCAACUAAAAACGAGCAAUUUUCAAGUCCAAUACCAGUUCCACCUCUCCUUCAUUUGAAUGGACCCCAUGACAGUCUUGACUUGGACGAUGUUGGAGGCCAUCUCGAUACGCCGAGGAAGAGGCAACGAAUGGCGCAGGAACGGCUUAGGUCCUCAAUGAUGGUAACUUUGACAGCAGCGCAGGACGAAGAAGACAAGCUAGAUGAUAUGACGGCGGCCCAAUCUCCUCGACAUUCAGAUGACGAGCACUCCGAUAUCGAGGGCGAGCGAGACAAGCAAGCCAGCUCAUCCACAGAAAAGUAUACCACCCUACCCGAGAAAACAGCAGAUGACAAGAAGAAAGUUCGCAGAGACGAGAGGAUGAAAGUUCGCAGAGACGAUAGGAUGGCCCGACAACACGCCCACAAUGAUCGGAUUCAUCAACGGCUAGAGGCCGCUGAGAAGAGGAACCCCAUUCUCGACCUUCCCAGGUCCUCAUCUCCGAUUACCAACGAGCCUGCCCAACAACCCCACACGCCUAACGACCCUCGAGAAGUCAGGCAACGAAAACCCCAAUUGGCUAGCCCUGUUAUUCUACAGUCUAGAGAUGUCAAUGCCUCUGUUUUACCGAGGACCAGCGAUCCAUCCGCAAAUCGAAAGCGGCCCUAUCCUCCAAGUCGCCAAGAUCGCGGUGCAGCCUAUAUCGCAGUCUUAGCUGAAGACGGAGCAAGACUGUCUUCCAACGGUGAUGCACUUAAGACUGGGAAGAUUCUUGGGGACGUGCAAAAUAAUUCGCAUGGGCCUGCGGAUAAGGAACCCAAAGCGCCAACUACCCACCAUCGCCUCGGGGCUCUAUUGACCAAACCCUCUCCUGAGAAGUCGCUCCUCAUAUCCGAAGAGUCUGUUGCCCAUGUCUCUCCUGAUCAGGCAUGGGCAAAGACGCCAAUUCCCCAGUCAGUGUAUCAUAAAAGGUCCAAAACUCCAGCUACACCUCGAAGCCUCCCGGCCAAGAGAUCUGAGCUCAACCAUUGCCCAGGAAAUAAAUCCGAACUGGCAACAAAGAAUCUCCCAGCAUUUCGCAAGGCCCCACUGGUAGACUACUCGGAACCCCGGCCAGAGCAGGAACCUCUCCGAACGCGACCAGUAGAUCGCCUCGGCCUGCAAGAUUUCAAGUUAAACCCCUCUUAUAGUGACUACGCAUAUCACGAGACCGUCCGCAGACACGAUGAGAAGAAGUCUAUCUCCGGUUGCACCGACCGUCACUGUCUAAGAUGCAAGGAGCUUCGGAAAUAUAUUACCGAUAGCGGAUAUAACACGGCUCAGAAGCCGGGAGAAAGCGAAGACGAGGCGGACUGGCGUCUGAUGCAAGAGUUUCUUGGAGACAACCACCGCCAGUUGAGGAGUAUGUCCUCGAAGGAGAGGUCGGAUCUCUUGAUUGAAGCAAAGGUUAAGGAAUUUGCCAAUCGAUAUGGUUGUCAUAGACAGGCCUUUCCACGGGCACGAGAGGCUCCAGGGCUUUGGGAAGUGGACUUUCCGACUACCCAAGAGGAAGCGGACAAUCGGGCUGCCGCGGAUAUAAUGGAGCGAGAGAAAGUGCAAGAAAGAUAUUGGGAGGCGAUUAGGCCGAAGGGAAAGUGGAUCUUUGCAGACGAAUAG